CUAUGAAGCCCAGGAUAUGUUCGUCGUCGCCUCUCACACGCGUUUCAGCAUAUCCGCGUCCUCUCCACACUCCAAUUGCCUUUCGCUCGGGUCCAUUCUCCAGGAUACAGCAUGGCCCGAGACCUACUAGUAUUCAGCUCAGAAGCUUCACAAUUACAAGACACAUGAGACUUGAAGGGCCAAACUCGAAAGACUACAACAAUUCGAACGCCCGACCGGCGGCGGAGCUUAAUCACGACAUCACACAAGAGGAGAAGGACGAGUUCAAGAGGAGGCUAGAAAAGGAUAAGGGGAAGCAGUUUCGCACACCAUGGCACAGAGAAGGGAGUGACAAGCCGCCUGUGGCGCGGCAACGAAGUGCCAGCGCCAUGACAAAGGGAAAACUUCUCACUACCCCGUCGCGCAUGCUCAAACUCAUCCUUCCAUUAACGACGAAAGAUACAAAUGACGACCGCAAGAAUCUCGAGCCCCUCGCUCUCCUCGUCCACCCUCAGCAGCCCCUCUCCUACCUCGAGCGCCUAGUACAAGCCGAGCUUCCCACCAUCAAGGACUCCAAUGGCCGCGAACGCAUACCCAACGUCUACUUCCGAGCCGAGGACUCGGUGCAAGAUGACCUCGAACCUUCUAAGCCCGAGAAGACGCCCGUCAGCGAGGAAAGCGAGACUGUUGGAGACAAAGAGGGCGAAGAGGACUUCGAGAAAGUGGACGAGUUCAGGUUCGACGGCAAGACCCAGAAGACGGGGAAGCUGAACGCUAUAGCGAACAGGAAGACGCCAGACGAAGCUGCUGAGCUGCGCGGCGGGCCCGGCGAGGGCGGUGUGGAGUCAUACUCAGGGCUAGGCCAGGAAGCGCCGCACUCAAAAGACGGCAAGCGGAAGUUUGUGCGCUGGUCCAGCAGCACCGAGAUUGGCGACUUCAUACGCGAUGCGGCGAGGGGCCAAGAGUUCGCUGUUGAGAUUGAAGGCGCGCCCAACGACAUCCGCGUGGGCGUCCCUAGCUUCAACGAGCGGACCUACUAUCUGAGGAUGAGGCUCAGGAAGAUGUCUAAGGAGAUUAGCGACAUGGCAGCCGUGAAGAAGGAGUGCGAUAAGCUUGCGCACAAGGGAGCCCAGAGAGUCGCCAUGGGCGGCUUUGGCAUCCUGUGCGGCUGGUGGUACGUGGUUUACCGCCUGACGUUUGAGACCGACCUCGGUUGGGACGUCAUGGAGCCUGUGACUUACCUGGUCGGUCUCAGCACCCUUAUCGGCGGCUACGUCUGGUUCCUGUACCACAACCGCGAAGUGUCGUACCGCUCCGCGAUGAACUUCACCAUUUCUCGCCGCCAACACAAACUCUACCAGCAGCAUGACUUCGACCUGCGCAGGUGGGAGUCGCUGAUCGAAGAAGGCAACGCGCUGCGCAAGGAGAUCAAAGCCGUCGCCAACGAGUACGACGUCGAGUGGGACGAGCUGCAGGAGGAGAAGAACGAGACGGUCGCAGGGGCUCUCAGGCACCAGCGCAAGAAGGUGGCUAAGAAGAAGGACAAGGACGAUGAUGGCGACGAUAAGGAUCCUGGUGCAGCGAAGGGUGAUUGAUCGCUGGGAGUGCACUGGCUUUUAUUGACGGCGGCUGUUUUGGUUUUGUUGAGCGUGGCGUUAGUGCAUUGUUAUAGGUUGCAUUUGCAUCUUCGAGGGCUGUGGACGGGAUGUAUGUGUAUACCGAUAGACCGUCCUAUGUAAAAUAUGCUGCACAAUGUAAUGUCUUGCCUCGAUACUCACCCACAGACCCGUCCACCUCCCGCCUUCGCUUGGUCUCGGG